UAUAGCUUAGAAUGAUAGCGCCAGCCAGUAGUGCGCUGUUCGGUUUGCGUACAUUGCUUGUGUAAUUCGAGGCCGCCUGCGAAUACGGCUCAUAGCAAACCUGUACUAUUACAGUGCGUUUUAAUAAUGACUGUUUUGUACGUAUUUAUUAUACGAAAAAUGUUUUGUUUAACUUCAGUGAGCUAACGUUACUAGUAAAGCAGUUUAAUUGUGCCUGGCGAAAUCAGCGAUUUAAUAUUUAAAAAAGAUAAAUUGAUGUCUUCAGGCGCUAGUAGUGUAUCGGUGCCUCAAUAUUCUAAAUCAAAAUGUGCGGUUCCUCCUAUACGUUUGGUUUAAAUCUUUUUAUAUACGAAAACUUGUGGUGCUCGACGCAAAUUUUAAAAUAAAAUAUCUAAACAUAUAAUAAAAAAUAUUAAAUCAGCAGUAGUCAUAAAUUUUAAUUUAAUGAAUUUUGUCAGCUGUCGAUUAUUCAGAAUGCCUUCAUUUAGUCAAGAAAUCAAUGUGGAUUUGAAUUCUAAUGAAAAUGGUGCCUUGAAUAAUGAAGUUCAUAAAGAAAGCACCAACACUGACGUUGAAGGCAGAUACGAGCAGAAUGAACAAGUUUCCGACAAUAUGUUGCCGGGACUGAACGCCGAUCAAAGGCUUGCAUUUGCUUUGCGAGACUUUUUGGGAUCAUCAGCUGUUACAGUCGUUGAUAGCGGAUCGUCGCCCUCGACCUUAGGUCAGACGCUACCAUAUAUUGAUGAACAACUAGACGUAGAGGACACCACGCAGUCUGAAGAUGAAAAUCUGCAAUGUAGAGAUACUGAGGAGGUGUUAAACAAUGCUGCAUGCCGGUUAAGGCGAUGGCGCGCAGCGUCACGGAAACUUCGUAGGCCUAGGAUCAUAGACAAUUUGUGUACCAAUGUUGAGAAAGAAGGCAAUUCCAGCAAAACUUGCAACGGAGGCCAUACUGAUUUGGCGGAUAGAUUGCGUAGUCUAGCGGCAGCCGGCAGCAUGUCUGCGUCUUCUGUAGAACUUCUGUCACUGGCGCCACCUCCGCCUGCAGCCACUGCUCCGCCUUCACCAGGAUGCCUUUUGUCACCAUCACUCGCUGAUCAGAGCUCAGCGGAGUAUUUUGGUUCAAGUCCGGAAUGCUGCGCCGACAGUGUUGGUUUCGAGAGCUCCAAUACAUCGGGUGCGCCAGUGCCGCCGCCCGGGCCGCGUUACAAGCUAGCCACAGAGGGAACCUUGAGGGUCUGCUGUUUCCAACACACAAGGACAGUAGUGGACAAAAUUCUCGCAGCAAAGUUCUUGAGGCGCUGGGAGACACACGUGCUCUGCUUACAAGAGUAUCAUAUAGUUUCGAAUACGCCUUCCGGUCUGCUAGAGCAUCCGCUGUCGUACAGUUGCAUGCAAGAAGUAUACUGUAUCUCGCGCUGGGAUCCGGCUCGGAAAUAUUGUCUUCGUAUAGUUAUGCCUCAUGGAUCUCUACUUUUACAAGCAAAUGAUGCUUACACCAGGGACCAAUGGUAUCAUUCAAUUAUUUGGAGAAGAAAUAUCAUAAGGUAUCGUAAUUUUCUCACAAAAUCUAUAAGGAAGGAGGUGGUUUUGAAAGAACUAAAGAAUAUGGUUGAUUUCGUGAUGACGACACCGCUACAAGAUGAAAGCGUCACACGAACUCCAAUGCAAAUAUUAACUGACUUGUUAUCGGAGAAAAAAGAUAGUAAUGACUGGGAAGAAUGGGCUGAGAACGUAAUAAGCGCGGCAGCCCCCUUGUUGGCGGAGCGGUGUGCGUCGGGCGAGCUGUGCGCGCUGCUGGCGCGACUGUGCCGGCGCCGGCCGCGCGCCGCGCCGCUGCCCGCGCUCGCGCCGCCCGUGCGCCGUGUCCUCACCCGAAACGUAGAUUUCGCGAGAGCGCCCGACGCACGAAGACUCGUCAGGGAUUAUAUAAGCGCCGUGAGCGCGCACAACUCUGGGUCGGCGCUGGUGCGUCGGUUCGUGGAGGUGACGCACGGCGGGCGCGCGGCGUGUCCGUACCCGCGCGCGGCGCCCAACCUCGCCGCCGUCGCGCUCGCCGCGCUCGACGACCACUUCCGCGGCCAGCCCGCCGCACCACACGUCUGCGCCGACAACGAGGACGAAGUGCUCUGCUUUGCCGAUAUAUUGGAGUACAUGUGUGAAUACGAAGACUGGUUGUUAGUGGUGGGUGCUGUGCUCCAACCAGUGCCGGUAUGCGGGGGCGCGAUGAGUUGCCCUCGAGUUGCAAAGCGCCUCAGGAAUGUUCUCCACAAGCUAGCGUUGGAUUCUCGCUGUGCGGCUCACAGCUGCGUGGCUCCAGCGAGGGCGGCGAGGCUGUACCCACCUUCCUGGCUCAGAGCUGCGGCGCCCUCGGACCCACUACUCGCAUUACCAAAUAAAGAGCUCUGUCAACUCUGGGGAGAUAUGCUGGGAAGCCUAAUAAACUGUUGUAGCAAGAGAAAAAGUUUUCUGCAGAGCAUGAGCAAACAGCUACCUGAUUUCUUGCUGGUCGCUUUGACUGAACACCCGGCUGCAUUAGAGGCUUUAUGUUUAAUGCUCGAGUGGGAAGUAACGAGUGGUGAACAAACACAGUUGGAAAUUAUCGCAGCGCUACAAGGCACCGAGCUCGGCCAGAAAUACUACAAGGAUUUGUGUGAAAGACAACAAAAUCUCCAACGAUUGCAGGCGGAGGGCGGGCCGCGGCGGCUGGCGCUGCCGGUGCGCGCGACGGACGCGGACGUGGGCGCGCUGCUCGCCGCCGGCGCGCUCGGCAACCUCGAGUGCCUCUCGCUCGCCUUCACCAGCGUCACCAGCGCCUGCGCACAACAUCUCAUCAAGCUGCCGUCACUUCGAUACUUAAACCUAUGGGCAACUAAAUUUGGCGAUAGCGGAGUGCAAUUGAUAGCAGAACACCUUACCAAACUCCAAGUAUUAAAUCUUUGCGAGACACCAGUUUCAGACAAGGGAAUUGAGGCUUUGUCGGGUCUAUCCAACCUACGAAGAUUAAACUUAAACAGCACCAAGCUAUCGGCAGAGGCAUUUGAGAUAUUGCGCCAGAGACUGCCGCACCUGCAAGAAUACGACAUCAGGUACACGGAGGCGUGGUGACAGCGCGCGCAUGCGCACCGACCCUCCUCCACCACUUUAUAGCUCGCCACCUUCGAUCUCAAGCCACCUGCACCAGUAUUACAUUAACUUAGUCCUAUUAUUCCAUUAAGACUGAUUUUCACAUCCAUAAGUUCAGGAAGGAUUACACUUACCACCUUGUUUAGAAGCUUUGCGAUUUAAGUGACAGACGUAAAACACCGUUUAAAUCCAAUUUAGACAAAAUAACACUUAAUUUGUAACUUUAGUGGACAUUCACCUACAUCAGUCAUCAAAUACAUAGUAAUUAAUUUUUUUCUUACUUUCACACAGUGAUAUGAAAUUAUUAUAGCUCGUUUCGAUUCUUAAGGAUGUGUAAAUCUAUCUUUAAGCGAGAACCGACACCAAUGCAUUUCACACUAGUCUUUUAAUUUAAUACGUCAGUCGAGGAUUCAAUUAAUACUCUAACGGGCUGUCCCGUCUUCAAUAUUUGCACGAUACUGUAAGCAACACGUUAACGUACCUCAUGUGUUUGAAAAAGUCCCUCUACAGCAGAGGCAACAAAAUAAUCAAGAGAAACAUGCAUUAGAAAUAUUGCUGUUGAAAUCUAAGCUAAUAGGUAGAGUCUUUUCCUGGAUCAAGUGUCAAACUCCACCAUUUUACGCCAGUUUUACUGGAUUUUGUCUUGGAAAUUGCUUUACAAAAUUUCGUUUUUAAGACCCAUUGAAUAAGAACCUAGUAGGAGCCCUUGGGUAAAUAAGCUGGCCUAUAACCUUUAAGGGUACCAACAUCAAUUGCUCUUCAUAUUUCUAUGCUGUCCGUUAAGGCUUAGUGUUGUUUCUACUGAACUGAUCAUAAAAAUUAUAGUACAGUUCGUACAUUUAGCGAGUAACAUGCUUUUGUCGGUAUGAUUUAAUUUAAAUAAGUUUGUUUUUAAUUUAGUUAUUAAUUUACAACUAGGUAAGUCUUAGAAGUAAAGUUAGGUAGGGAACCAAAAGAUUCCAGCUUAAUCCAAAUCAAAUCAAGGUCUGCCAAGAAACGCUUUUGUUUUGAGAGGCUUGAGACGGUCGCCAUUUUAUUAUUAAGCUAUUAAUUUAUUAAUAAUAAUCACUUGAUGUUAAGAUAUUAGUCUAUACAACUGUACAGAUGAUUUUAAAAUUGUAGUUAAUCGAAUGAAACUACGCUUAAAUAUAUGCAUAGUAUUGUUCUUUCUAAUUUAUAAUGAAUGGGCUGUGAGAUGAAGAACCAACGUUGAAGUGUAUGUAAGUGAAGAACUGAUGGGCGAUUUUUGGGAAUGUUUAUGAAUUUACAAGUAGCUGAUUAUACUAUCGUUAGCACGACUUUUAUUCAAACUUACCAUUAGAAUAAUCGUUUUUUAUUUAAUCGUCUCAUAGUAUAAACGAUAUUUAUUUCUUUAGUGUUUAAUUUUUUUUAUGAAUCCUGUAAGAAAAUACUAUUUGAACUAAAAAUUAUUGUAAUCUAGAUAAUGUCUUUAUUGCUGACACUAUAAUAUGAUGUACAAUGAAACACAAAAGUAGCUGAACAAUUUCGAAACUUCAAAACGCUUUUACAUCUCAACUUCACUGAAAAUAUUUUUUAUUUAAAAUAAAGUCAAUUCUGAAGUUUAAUUUGCUAUAACUCACAAAAAAAUUUUCAUCUACUUUUGUGGUUGACUGUACAAGUCAUGAUGUAAUAUGCGUGAAUCCAUUUAAGAUUCCUUGCUGCUACAGUAUCAUGAAAAGGGGCCCAUUACAUUAUGUAUAUACCAAACGAUCAUAUUUAACAACUUGUACCAUUCGAUUGUAUCGAAAAUUAAUGAUAAAUAUUGUGUACUAGGGAUUUGCACCGGAGACGAAUUUAGGAUUUGGAGAUUGUUCCGAUAAUCUCCGGCAAAGUAUCAAAAUCGUAAAUUUAAUAAAUUUCAAUUUUUUUGAUCGUAAGUAAAUGCCAUAGGUACUUUUAUUUUGGCCGGUGCGCCGUGGUUUCUAAGGCAGUCGCAAGAGAUAUUUAAUUUGGUCAAAACGAACUAUCCAAAGAUUUUGAAAAAAGGACGGAUAUCCACAAAAUCUUGUGUCAGGCCGAUCUUCGGUUUUCUCAUCUCCGGAGCAAAGCCCUUUUAUCAAAAUACAGAGUCAAUCUGGUAAAAUUCCGAGAUAAUGAGCAUGUUGCGUCAUCAAAAGGGAUACUUUCAAAUCGAAAAAGUUGAAAAUAAAGUGUAAAGCUCGCUCCGAAUAUGAGGUUAAGUUAAACUCUGUCUCCCCAAAUUAUACAAUGCUACUUCGAAAAAAACCAUUGAUGUAAAUAUAGACAAUUCGGGUUACCACGACACUAGAUCAAGAUCGUAAUGGGUAGGAAAGGAGAUGGGAGGCAGGACUAAAAUGCUUAUGACUAUAAUGGUUAAUAAAAUUAUUUAUCAUUCUUUCAUUAUAUUUUUUUACAACUGCAAGCACAGAACGUUCGUUGCAUAUAUCAUAAUGUUAAAGGCCCUUAAACAGAUACUUUUAUAUUAUGAUGUUAUAUCCUCAUGGAAACUGCUGCUAUGUUAAAUAUUGUAAACAAAUUCUAAAACGUUAGUCCGUAGUUUCUCUAUCAGUCUUAUAAAUUAUUGUCUAAAAAUUUGUCUUACAGGACUGUUAAAAUUAUCUGAGUAAGAGCUGUUAUUGAAUUUAAAGUCAUGAAGAGAUAUAAGACUUAUCCAAUGUGUGAAAUAUGAGUUUUUAAUAAAAACACUGGAAAAAUA